AUGCCGCUAAUCGGCUCCGCCGUCAAGUCUGCCGGCCGCCGGCACGCGACCCGCGCGUCGUCGUCGUCGUCCGCGCUCUCCCGCCCUCCCGCGCUCGACCCCACCUCCCCCGACCAUCCCCCAAUUCCGCCCCCUUCCGCCUCCUCCACCGCCCUCUCGUCGUUCCUCCGCUUCACUCUAGUCCCCGCCAGGCCCGCGUCACUCCCCUCCACUCCCGCCGCCAGCAGCGGCAGCAGCGCCACCCACGGGCGCGGCAGCGCGCACGGCGGCGGCGGAAGCGCGAACGGGUGGACGGUGUGCGGGUGGCGCGUGUCGCCGCGGAUGGUGGCGUCGCUGGCGCUCCUGUCGCUCGCAACGAAGCUCUGCGGCUUCCUGCUCCUCACCUUCUUCCUCGCCUCCCGCCCCUCUGCACCGCACAGCACCGCCGCCGGGGCUGCUCCGGGUGCGCCAGGUUCAGCAGUAGCCGCAGGCUCAGGGAACGGUGGUUCGGGUGCCGGCGCGGGCGAGGUUGUGCGACUAGGUUCGGAAUUGGUGGUGCAGGCUGGAGCGACUAGGGAAUCUCGUGGGCUGGUGCGAGUGAACGCGCAGGGCGUGUGCUCGCCUGCCUGGCGGGAGCAAGUCAGGCGGCACUUUGGUGGAGGGGGGAGAGGGGACGGGGAGGAGGCAGCGAGGGAGGGGGAGGGUCGUGGUAAGAGGGAUGGGGGCGGUGAGCUGGAAGGGGCGCGGUUGGGGGAAAAAGACGGGGCGCAUGGCAGGAGGUUUCUGGCGGAGGGGAGGUGGGAGGAGGGGGAGGAUGGGAAGGGGGAGGAGGUGGGGAGGAUGGUGAGACGGCUGUGCGACGAGGGCCUGCCACUGGCUGCUGCUCUGUUCGGUGUCAACCACUCCACAGAUGCCACCGUGCAACUGCCCCCUCACGGCCAAUCACCCUCCCCCUCCCAUCCCUCUCCCACCCUCACCCCCCGCACCCUUUUCUCUCCUCGCAACAUCACCCCUCACACCUCCUCUUCAUUCCUCCCUCCACCCACCCCCCAACCCCCCCCCCCCCCGACACCCCUCAGGCAUGCAUGGACGCCACAUCCUCCUCCUUCCCCGCCUCCUCCCCAAGCGCACCUAGUAGAGCUCGCCGCACUCGCACGGCACUUCAACCGCACGCUCAUCGUGCCGCGCGUGGGCCACAGCCGCGUGGACUUCACACGCCGCCUGCCCUUCUGCACCUACUUUGACGCCUCUGCGCUGCAACGCUGUGGCGUGCAGUGGGUCACAGAGGACUGGUUUCUGGAGUAUGCAAGGAGGAGGGGUGUUGCUGUGCGCCCCAUGUAUCUCUGCUUUGUCACAGCGCUCAGCCCCUGGUCGCCUGCCUUCCUCUCAGUGCUCGCCAUCGCCCAGCACCCGCCCUCGCCCGCCAAUGCGCUGCCCCUGCGCACCGCCUACCACACACGCCGCGAGCGCUGGGGCGCGCAGAUGGAGCGAGAGGAGGCCGCACUGCUGCGAGCCAUGGAGGGCGCAGGGAGGAACGGAGGGGAAGAGAAGGGUGCAGGGGAGGGGCAACGGCAGGGGGAGGGGGUGUUGGUUGAUGCGCCAGGGAGCUGGAGUGGGGGCGAUGAGGGGAGUAGUGCAAGUGGUACGGGUGGGGCGGGGGGCAUAGAGGAGGUGGAUGUGGUGGUGGUGGCGCAGAGCUCGUGGUUCUUCACUCUCAGGGAGCACAGCAGAGCAAGCGCCGCUGCUUGCCUUGCGUUCUCGCCCGGCCUGCACCGCGCUGCUGAGAGGUUCGCACACAGGAUGUGGGGAGGAGGAGGACGAGGGGAGGGGGGGGAUGGGGCUGGUGCAGGGGGAGAGGUGGGAGCAGGAGCAGGAGCAGGAGGAGGAGGAGGAGGAGGAGGAGGAGGAGGAGGAGGAGGAGGAGGAGGAGGAGGAGGAGGAGGAGGGGGAAACGCAGCAGGAGCAGGGUCAAUGGUGGCAGUGCUUGGUGAUGGGUCAGACAGCAGACAGCGAGGGGUGCUGGGAAGCGACGCACGAGAGGGCAUGUGGCAAGAGCGGGAGAACGGUGCAGGGCGGUACGCAGCGGUGCACCUGCGGCUGGAGUUCAUAACGUUCAAGGCGAGCAAGGCAGUGCGCUCGGGCACAGCGCCUAUAGAGUCUGUGCACGCAUGGCUGAUGGCAUGUGCUGCCAGCGCUGUCACCACCACCCGCCACCACCUCGCUAAACUCAACUCCUCCUCCGUCUUCCUCGCUGCUGACUCCCCCCACCCUCCGGUGCGGUUACAAAGCGACUCGUGGGCGCAUGAGGGAGCAGCAGGCGAGCAGCUGCUGGGGUAUGUGGCAGAGGCGUAUUGGCACGUGCGGAAGGAGUUAAGAGCGGUGGUGUGGGAUGAAGAGGUGGAGGAGAAGCAGCAGGUGGAUAUGCAUGGGUUGGACCGGGGGGUACGGGGGGUGUUAGACAAGCUAGUGUGUGCGGAGGCAGAUGUGUUUGUGGUGGGGGAUGAUGCAUGUGGGGGCAUGCAGAGCUUUGACAUGGAUGUGUGUGGCUUGCGGAAGGGGCUGGGUAAAGCAGAGCGCAGUACAGUUCAAUUCAGUCUAGGCCGGAUGCACUCAUGA